UUGUCUGAAAGGGCAUUGGAGCUCGAUCUCGGAGACAAAUAGAAUUGGAGGGCUUUUGGGAGAUUGAUUCGAUUCGGAUGAGAGAAAAGUGCUCUUAUUAGGGGCGUAGAUGCUCCCUUCGCCGUUGUUCGACCUUCCGGCGCUGUCCCGCUUCUUCUUCACUGCGGUGCUGCUGUUCGCCGGUGCUUUCUUCAUUCUCCGACGUGCCGCUUCCCGUUACUUCUUCGUCGGCGACGAUCCUGCCUCCUUCGUCGCUGAGGAGACCCGCUGCAGCCCCAUGGUCGUUGCUGGUGGACCCUGUGCGGUGUGUGGGGAGCCAGGGACGAAGAAAUGCUCUCGCUGCAAGAGCGUUCUUUACUGUUCACAAGUGUGCCAGGCCAAGCAUUGGGGAGCAGAUCAUAAGCAAAAAUGCAAGCAAAUUACAUCAUCAAAUGAUGUUACACUGAUUAGUGGCAUGCAUAAAAGAAAAUCAUCUGGGGUUAGUUCAAUAUCUUUGGUACCUUCCCAUGGAACUUGUCAGGUGCUGCCAGAGUCAAAAAAGAUUCUCUUCCCAUAUGAUGAAUUUGUGAAGCUUUUUGAUUGGGACAAGCCUGGAUUUCCUCCUUGUGGCCUUCUAAACUGUGGAAACAGUUGCUUUGCCAAUGUUGUUCUGCAAUGUCUAGCAUGCACUCGACCACUCACUGCCUAUCUGUUGGAGAAAGAUCACAGUAGAGGAUGUAUCAGGAAACGUGAUGAUUGGUGCUUCCUGUGCGAGCUUCAGAUUCAUAUUCAAAGAGCUAGUGAAAGCCUGCAUCCAUUCUCGCCCCUCAAUAUUCUAUCUCGAUUACCUAAUAUUGGUGGAAACCUUGGAUGUGGAAGACAGGAGGAUGCUCAUGAAUUUAUGAGAUUUGCAAUUGAUACGAUGCAGUCAAUAUGCCUGGAUGAGUUUGGAGGUGAAAAGGCUUUGAAUAUGAGCUCCCAGGAGACAACUCUUAUCCAACAUAUCUUUGCUGGUCAGCUACUAUCUCAGGUGAUCUGUACAAAAUGCAAUAAGAUCUCAAACCGCUAUGAGAAUAUGAUGGAUUUAACCGUUGAGAUCCAAGGUGAUGCUGAGUAUUUGGAAGAAUGCCUAGAUCAGUUUACUGCUGAAGAGUGGCUUGAUGGUGAUAACAAGUAUAAAUGUGAUGGGUGCAAUGAUUAUGUUAAAGCGUGCAAGAGACUUACUGUACAUCGGGCUCCAAAUGUCCUGACUAUUACUCUUAAGCGGUUUCAAAGUGGUAGAUUUGGGAAGCUAAACAAAAGAGUUGCAUUUCCGGAGAACUUAGAUCUGACUCCAUGUAUGAGUGGGAACCGGGAUGGUACAGAUGUUUAUACACUCUAUGCUGUUGUUGUCCAUGUUGACAUGCUAAACGCUUCAUUUUUUGGCCAUUACAUUUGCUAUACAAAAGGUUAUUGUGGACGCUGGUAUAGAAUUGAUGAUUGCAAGGUUAUGAAUGUUGAUGUGGAUGAAGUACUUUCUCAGGGUGCUUAUAUGCUUUUAUAUAGAAGGAAAAAUGUUCGUCCAGAGCCUUUUGCUAAGCCAUUGGAAGAGCCAAUGAAAAGGAAUUUAACUGAAGUGGAUCCUAUGUCUUCAAGUACCUGCAAUGGAACUGAUGAUGUUCACGAACUUACUGAUAUUGGUUCACAACCUUGCAUGCCAUCCCAUGCGAUAACUUGUCAUGCUUCAAUGUUAGGUGAUGCUGGAUCUGAGACUGUAUUGCCUGGCAAAAUUGAUAACGGAGAAGUAGAAGAGCUGGAGGGUGUGGUUGUGAAUGUUCAAAUCAAGGACAACAAUCAGUCGGUUAAUAAAGAUAUGACAGCUAUUAGUACUGACAAUCUUAUUUCAAGGUUAUCAGGAUUAGAAGUUAAUACAACAAAGGUUGAUGAGCUUGAGAGCUCAGAUUUGCAUGUUUCUAUCGAGGACCACAAACAGUUGGUGCAUGAAGAUACACCAAAUCUUCAAAUUGACUAUUCAAAUCUGAGUUGGUCAGGGUUAGAAAAUCUUGAAGAGAAGAAAGAUGCCUUACAUUUCAAGUUCAUACAGUCUGAUUCUGUUUCAUCAGUAAAAGUUCCUUUUACCUCUUUUCAAGCCAUGGAAUUCCAAGAACACUGUGGUAUCACAGAUGCUGCCUGCCACAAGAAGUACAAUGGGUCAAUUGACAUCUUGGAGAAAUCUACAUCAGAUAGCUCAUUUUGUAGCCAAAAUAUUAUCCCUGAAAUGGCUAAAACUUCUAGCACUUGCAGCUUUACAUCAGUCCCAGUUCAGCAACUUUCAUAUGAUUCGAUCCCCGAAAGAGUGCAGACAGAGGUAGGCAUUUUGCUGCCAAAUUUCAAAGAUGCAGCCACAGAAAGCCAAAACCUUGCUCUCUCAUGUGGAGAAUGGUUCAAGCAGAAAACCGAAGCCAAUGUUUGCUAAUGGUUUUCUUGAUAAGGUUAACAAAAGGAAUUCAAAAGUUCCUGAGAGUGGAGUAAAAGUGGGAAAUUCCAGAACUGCAGUUGCCCACAAGGUUACUGAUUGCUCCCAACAAGAUUCAGUGAUCAACAUGACACAGCAAAGCACACAUGAUGAUUGCAUUGGUUUGCCGUCACUAUCUGUAAUUGAUAAUGGUACUAUUUCCAGAUUGGAUUUGCCUUGCAUUUCAAAAGUUUCAUUGACUGCAUCUCAUGAGAAGCCACUUGAUAAGGACAAAAUUUUGAUAGAAGAUGUAGUUUGCAAUGGUCAUCCUGGCAAAGCUGACUACAUUAGGGAGCCUGAUUUGGUUUCUUCUUGCUUAAAUGGUGAUGUUAAUGUGGGAGUAGCUCAUCCCUUGGACAAUAAAGUGAGAAACCAACUUGAGAAGUCCUGUGAGGAACUGGCUGACAUUAAUCUGGAAACAGAAGAAAAACAAUCAGGUCAAGGUUUUCAUGUAUGUGACUUAAGCAGGAAGUCAUUUCCUGAAAAUAGCAGUGUUACCUUUGCCAAGUCUGAUUUGUCAAUCACAGGAAGUUUUCUGCCCAUGCCUCUUUACAAAAAGCCACUGAGCAAGGAUGAAACUCCUAGAAAAGAUUCAGAUGAAGCGAGCUUUUCUUGCAGUUCUGAUUACUAUGGUAAUGGAGGUUCUGGAUUGGACGCCUCCUCCCACUUGAAUGGUUUAUCUGCACAGUUCUGUUUCCAUGAAGAUUUACAUGAACACAAGUCUCAAGAAUUAGGCUGCAAGACUGAAAUUGAAACAAAAGAAACUGGUGAUGCUGCUUUGGCAUAUGGUACUUGGCUAAUGUCAGAGAACUACUGUAACAAUGCUUGAUGCAGAUAGUCAAAUCCUUAGUAUUUGUUUGCUAUAGUGAGCAGGGCAGUUCUUGAUAAUGCCCAAGAAGAAAUCAAUAUUUUAUCUGAUUAUAAUGCUGGGACCAGUAACCAUUCGGCCAUCAUUUAGUUCCUGGAGAUUGGAGUAGUAAUAGCCUAAGCAAGAAAGCUCUCAGGGGUUCAUGCUGGUUGCAGUAUGGUGGUUCUCGCAACUAAUCAUUCAUAUCAUGGAAGCUUGAUUUAUAGCGGUGGUGUCUUUCCUUUAUGAAAAUUUAUAACCAUUUUUUCAUGGUUCCACUUGGAAAAAGGAAACAUAGGAAAAGUGGAGGGGUGUCUCUGGGCUUCCACAAUUUGCAGAACCUCAGAUGCUCCCCUAAGGCCAUGUUAGUUCACAUUCUAUUUACCAUUUUUAUCUUUACGUUCUUGUCUGAAACAUUGACUAUUGUUCAACAAUAGAACAAUAAUCUUUUUCUUCAUACAAUAACAAUCAAGGUUAUUUA